CCCUUACUCAUCAUAACACAUCUUUAACCAAACCCUAAAGGAAACCUCCUUUCAAAAACCCUUUCUCCAUCAUCAUGUCAACCUCCAAAACCCUAGAUCAUAAUAAGCCAUUUGAAACAUCCCAAACUCAGAUGGGUUUUUCUCUAAUCCACCAAAACACAUCCACCAACACAACCACCACUACCGCAACAGGCGAGAGACGAGGCCGGAGAUCAAAGCAAGCAGAGCCAGGGAGGUUCCUAGGAGUCCGGAGACGUCCAUGGGGUCGUUACGCAGCCGAGAUCAGAGAUCCAACCACCAAAGAACGUCACUGGCUCGGCACUUUCGACACUGCUCACGAAGCUGCUCUUGCCUAUGAUAGAGCCGCUCUUUCAAUGAGAGGCACUCAAGCUAGAACCAACUUCGUAUACACUCCAACUGAUGUUCACACCAUCCUCACAAACCCUAAUCUCCAUUCUCUCAUCGUCUCUCCUUACAACAACAACCAAUCUUUCUUACCAAACUCUUCUCCACAGUUUGUCAUCGAUCAUCACCCUCAUUAUCAAAACUAUCAUCACCCACAACAACAUAAGCACAGUACUGUCUCCCAAACCGUCUCACCCGCUGCUUCUUUCAAAACACCAGUUCGUCGUCAUCAUCAAAGCGUGGAUGUUCAAGCGUUUGGUAAUAGUCCUCAAAACUCUUCUUCUAACGGCUCUCUAUCUUCAUCACUGGACGAAGAAAACAGCUUCUUCUUCUCUUUAACAAGCGAAGAACAUAAUAACUCCAAUAACAACUCUGGUUACUUGGACUGCAUUGUCCCAAACCACUGCCUUAAACCACCUCCCGAAGCCAUUACCACCCAAAAUCAAGCCGGAGCUUGUUUCACAACUCCGGAAGCAAGUAAAGCUUCUGAAUCAUACGGAGGGUUUAGUAAUAGCUACUUCGAAGAAGGUGAGAUGAUGAUGAUGAAUCAUCAUGAGUUUGGUUCGUGUGAUCUUUCUGCCAUGAUCACCAACUACGGUGCUGCUGCUGCUUCAAUGUCAAUGGAAGAUUACGCGAUAAUGGAGCCGCAAGAUUUAUCCUCAACUUCUAUCGCUGGUUUUGGAGAUGUUGUUGCAGAUACUACAGGCUUCUACUCAGUCUUUUAG